AUGUACAAAAAAGGUCUUCAUCUCCUCUUUCUGCUGCUGCUGUACCGAGGAAUUCAAUUUGUUCAAGGUGGCAGGACCUGUGGUCAGGAUCAGUUCACCUGCAACAAUGGCCAGUGUAUCCCCAGCCAUUUCAGAUGUGACCAUGUGAAGGACUGUGUGGAUGAGACAGAUGAGAAUAACUGCUCUUAUCCACCUUGUACUGAGAAGACGUGUGCCAAUGGGGCCUGCUACAACAACUCUCAAGAGUGUGAUGGGUUCCAGGACUGCAGAGACGGUUCUGAUGAAUUCAACUGCUCACUUCGCUGCCCCAGCCAUAAGUUCCAGUGUGCAAAUGGCCAAUGUAUCUUACAAUCAUUUGUGUGUGACCACUGGAAUGACUGCGGCGACAACAGUGACGAGAAAGACUGCGUAUACCAGAGCUGCAGCGGCAGCGAGUUCACCUGUUCUAGCGGCCGGUGCAUCCCUCAGCAGUAUGUGUGUGACAACUUCAAUGACUGCGGAGACUACAGUGACGAGAAAGGAUGUGACAGUAAUUCUCGAGAUUGCUACCCUGGUGAGUGGGGUUGCCCGGGCUCAUCGGAAUGUAUAGCAGUGAGCAAAGUGUGCGACGAAACCCCUGACUGUCCUGGAGGAACAGAUGAGACAAACUCCACAGCAGCGCAAACAUGUAGCUUUGAAAGAUGCUCGACUUUGAGCUGUGAGUACCUUUGCCACAAAUCACCACAAGGGGGCACUUGCUAUUGCCCGGAUGGUUUUAUCAUAGCCAACGACAGCCGAACCUGUGUUGAUUACGAUGACUGUCAGAUCUGGGGGAUCUGUGACCAGUUGUGUGAAGACCGUCCUGGGACCCACCAGUGCAGCUGUGCUGAUGGAUACCUGUUAGAACAAGGUCACAUGUGCAGAGCCAAUCUGUCAGCUGGAAUGCCACAGCUUAUUUACACUAACGGUGGUGAUGUAAUGCUGGGUGACAUACAUGGGCGCUUUGAAAGAGUUUUGGUGCCGUCCCAGGGCAAAGGGUAUUCAGUAGCCGUGGCGUACCACUGGCACAGCAACAGAGUCUUCUGGAGUGACACAUAUGCUAAAAAGGUGUACUCUGCAAACAUGAACGGAGGCGACAUUAGGGCGAUCCUGACUACUGCAGUGUACAGCGUUCAGAACCUUGCUGUGGACUGGGUCAAUUUCAAACUGUACGUCUUAGAGGCAUUUGUGGAGCGCAUCGAAAUGUGCGACUUUGAGGGGGAGAAUCGCGUCACACUGGUGGCUGAGAAUCUGCAUACUCCUCAUGGCCUGGCCCUGGACCCUACUGUGGGCUACAUGUUUUUUACUGACAUGGGCUAUGGUGGUGAACAAGUAAAGUUGGAACGUGCCUUCAUGGAUGGUCGCAAUCGCCUAGAGCUGGUGAAGAUCAGACUUGGCACUCCAACAGGCAUUACUGUAGAUAUCGUCACCCAGAGAAUCUACUGGUCUGAUAGCCAUUUUGAUACAGUGGAGACGGUCAACUACUUUGGUUUGGACAGAAAAAUCGUCCUAAAUGGCGGAACCCAAGCUCCACAUCCUUUUGGAAUUGCCGUGUUUGAAAACAAAGUGUUCUUCACGGACUGGACCAAGAUGGGUGUGAUACAAGCCAACAGGUUCAAUGGCAGUAACUCAAAACUCCUCUAUCGUACCACAAAGAGGCCAGGCCACGUUGUUGUUUCACAUCCUCUCCUACAACCUGUUGUAAUGAAUCCUUGUGGAAGACACAAUGGCGGCUGUCAACACAUUUGUAUCUUGACUCACAAGUCUGGCAACGAUGGUCUCGGCUACCGCUGCAAGUGUCGCCUUGGUUAUGACAUGCACCCUAACCGUACCUGCAUUAAGGUGAAGGACUACUUGUUAAUGGCCACCAGCACUGCAGUGCGAGGAAUCCCUCUAAACAUAUCCCUCCAGGAGGACAUCAUUUUGCCCUUAAUGGGGAAUGGGACAUAUUUUUCUGGCUCUGCCGUAGAGUUUGAUGGCAACGAGGACGCCAUUUUCUACAAUGACAGGAGCAGAGGCCUCAUCUACAAGGCAAACCGUACCGGUCAGCACAUUUUGACAGGUAGCAGAGUGGGACUCAUGGAUGCCAUGGCCUAUGACUGGACCUCCAAAGUCUUGUUCUGGACCACAACCUCCUACAAGGCUGUAGUGGCUUUCAAAGUAACAGACCAGUCCAGACGAGACAUUGUGACUGGAUUGAGGAACCCAAAGGGAAUCGCAGUGCAUCCUCUUGAUGGCUACUUAUUUUGGUCUGACUGGUACCGUCCAGCUGUCAUCAUGAGAGGCUUGACCAAUGGCAGCAAUGCUGUUCCUCUUGUCAACACAACACUGGGAUGGCCGUUUGGUCUCGCCAUUGACUACAGCACGAAUAGACUGUACUGGGUGGACGCCCUCUUUGAUCAGAUCGGUCACAUUAAUGUCGAUGGGACUGACAGGCAGAUGUUCAGCAAUCUUGGCCAGAUCACUAACCCAUACUCCCUAACUGUUUACUCAGACUACCUGUACGUGGCUGAUACAAGGACCAGGGCCAUAUUUGAGAUGAGGAAGAGGGACGGAGGAGGUAACAUUAUGAUCAGACAGGGAAUCGGCUACAUCAUGAACGUCAAGGCCUACACCCCCGACCUCCACAUGACCAAAAGCCAGUGCAAUGUUCUUCCCAACGGCCACUGCAGUCACUUCUGCUUCCCAAUUCCCAACUUAAAACGAGUGUGUGGCUGUCCAUAUGGUAUGAAACUUCAAGAUAAUCACAGAGAUUGCAUAAAGGAUGACACGGUGCCCACACCCGACAGCUGUGGAGACUUUGCCUUUGAGUGUGACGAAGGACGGUGCCGGCCCAAUUCUUUCCUCUGUGAUGGAAUUGCUGAUUGCAUUGACGGGACUGAUGAGGCCAACUGCACACAUCCAGGAGCGACCUGUUCACCACGAGCGUUUACAUGCAACAACAAGCGCUGCAUCCCAUCCAGUUGGCGCUGCGAUGGCACUGAUGACUGCGGCGAUGGUUCUGACGAGAUCAACUGUCCUACUAGGGUCCCCACCACCUGCGCGUCACAGUACUUCACCUGCGACAACAACAGGUGUAUCUCUAAAAUAUGGGUGUGUGACGGUGACAACGACUGUGGUGACGGAUCUGACGAACACAACUGCAAUUCAACCAUCUCCUCUUGUCCUCCGAAUUACUUCCUGUGUCCGGACCAUCGCUGUAUCUAUAUCUCCUAUGUGUGUGAUGGAGACCAGGACUGCCUGGAUGGCUCUGAUGAAGAGAACUGUGAAUUCGACUGUGCUUCCUAUGAGUUUUCCUGUGCCAGCGGAGACCAGUGUGUCAGUUCCAGUUAUCGGUGCGAUGGGGUGUUUGACUGCAGGGACCAUUCUGACGAGCAAAACUGCCCCACUCAACUUCCAGGUCUGUGCCACGACAAUGAGUUUCAGUGCCAAACUGACGGUUUCUGCAUACCAAAUCAGUGGGAGUGCGAUGGCCAUCCAGACUGCGAAGACGGGUCUGAUGAACACAACUCGUGCCCACCUGUCACCUGCAGAUCCAACUACUUCCAGUGUGCCAAUAAGAUGUGCAUCCCAACAAUCUGGUUGUGUGAUGGUGACAAUGACUGCCGGGACAUGAGCGAUGAGCAGAACUGUCCAACACCUCCAUUUAGCUGUCCCACUGGACAGUGGCAGUGCCCAACUGAUGACAUCUGCAUUGAUGUGGACAAACUGUGUGACGGCAACAGGGACUGUCCCAAUGGGGCGGAUGAGUCACCCAUUUGCAGUGAUAAUUAACCGACUUUCAUAUCAUCUUGUGAAGAUCAAGAUGAUUGUGUACUGAACAACGGAGGCUGCAGUCACAUUUGCAUCCAAGGACCAUUCGGGGCUCAGUGCCUCUGCCCCCCAGGCUUUGAGCUCCUCAAUGACACCAAAACCUGUGAUGACAUUAAUGAGUGUCUGAUCCCAGGAUUCUGUAGCCAAGAAUGCUAUAACGAAAGAGGAAGCUUCAGGUGCUACUGCUCAGAUGGCUACCAGCUAGAACCAGAUCAACGCACCUGCAAAGCUAUAGACCCAGCAGCAGCUGUACUUCUGGUUUCCAAACGUAGCCAGAUCAUUGGCAACUGGAUCAAUAAGAAACCACCACAGAUUCGCCCACUGAUCAGCGGUUCAGCAAUUGUGACUGUAGACUUUGAUCGCAUGACCUCCAGAAUGUACUGGGCGGACGCUUCACUGAAAAACAUAUUGAGCGCCUACCAAAAUGGCACAGACAGACGUGUGGUGUUCUCUACUGGUCUCUUGGUCCCAGAGAGUAUCGCUGUGGACUGGGUGGGCCGGAACCUUUACUGGACCGACUCUGUCAAGGAGAACAUUGAAGUUUCCACUCUGGAUGGUCGCUUCAGGAAAGUCCUUCUUAACAUAAACAUCACAAGCCCCCGGGGACUGGUUUUAGAUCCCCGCAACCACACAUACCUAAUGUUCUGGUCAGAUUGGGGUCAGAACCCUAUGAUCGAGAGUGCCAGCAUGGACGGUAAAAUGAGGCGGGCCAUUGUCAGCACAAAGGUCUACUGGCCCAAUGGCCUGGCUUUGGACUACACUGCACGCAGGGUCUACUUUGCUGAUGCCUACCUGAAAUACAUUGACUACUGCGAUUAUGAUGGGCGCAAUCGCUAUCAGGUUAUGGCUAGUGACCUGGUUCUCCAGCACCCACAUGGUAUGACCAUUUUUGAGGACAACAUCUACUGGUCUGAGCGCUACACCGGCAAAAUUAUGAGGACCAACAAGUUUCACGGUAGCAACAUCACCAUUCUGAUGCAAAACGUCUACCAGCCUAUGGGCAUUGUUUUGGAUCACCCUAUCAAACAGCCGACAGCCUUCAAUCCAUGCAGAGAUCAUCUGUGCAGUCAGCUGUGCCUGCUAGCAAAUAUAAGACCACGGUACUAUACCUGUCACUGCCAGUCUGGCUGGAAAUUGGACACGGACCAACGCACCUGCAUCAAAGACGAUACUCCUUUCCUGAUGGUUGUGAGAGAUUCGGUAAUACUUGGCAUUCCACUGGACCCCGCUAACCCUUCCAACAACGCAAUGGCUCCCGUGUCUGGCAUCACCCAGGGGCAGGACAUUGACUUUGAUGAUCAACAAGAGUUUGUCUAUUGGGUCCAAAGCAAUGGUGCUAUUUGGCGAGUGAGAACCAACGGUACUAACAGAGGUCAGUUUGCUCCAGCUGCUUUCAUGGGAUCACCUACGGGUCUGGCGUUUGACUGGAUAAGCCGAAUCAUGUACUACACUAAUCCUGCUGCUAAAAGGAUAGAGGUUAUCCGCGUUGAUGGAAACCAGCACUAUAGAAAGAUCCUCAUCGCUUCCACGGGUAAACCAGAGGGAGCAGGACAACCCAUUGGAAUAGUUGUGGAUCCAGCUCAAGGGAAAUUGUUUUGGACAGACAAGGGAUCAGACAGUGGAGUUCCUCCAAAGAUCAGCAGCGCGGACAUGGACGGAAGCAACCUCAGGAACCUCUACACAGGCAACUUGGUUAACGUUGGAUAUAUCACAGCUGACAUCUCUACCAUGAAGCUAUACUGGGCUGUGGCAAACACUGGUAUGAUUGAGUGUGGCACUAUGGACGGAGUAGCCCGAGUGACAGUGGUCAGUGGCCUGUCUCAUCCGUGGGGACUUACGAUCUACCAGAACCACCUCUACUACACAGACCUGGACUACGAGGUCAUUGAGAGGGUCGAUAAGGACACUGGUGCCAAUAUGGUGGUCUUGAGGAGUGGCAUGUCUGGCCUGCGAGCCCUCAAAGUUCACGCUCGAGACAAUUCAGCAGGUACCACCAAUGCCUGCAGCUCCAACAAUGGUGGUUGCCCCCACCUUUGCCUGCCAAAGCCAAACAACCAGAAGUCCUGCGCCUGUACCACGGGCUUUUACUCCUCUCCAGAUGGCUCCCGCUGUGAACAGUUUGACUCUUUUGCCAUUGUGUCCACCUCAAUGCACAUCCGAGGAUUCCACAUCAACAGUUCGGACCACUCAGAGGCCAUGGUGCCUGUCGGUGGAUCUUCCUAUUCUGUCAAGAACAAGUUAGACCUCCACAUUCAAUCCGGCUUUGUAUACUGGACUGACAACAGCAGCAGCACAUACUACAAGGGAAUCUUCAGAGCCAAAACAGAUGGAUCACAAUACACUGUUAUCACUAACUCAGGCAUUGGAGGAAAAGGCAUCCAGGGCCUUGCUGUAGACUGGAUUGCUGGAAACUUGUACUUCACCAAUGCUUUUGAUACCCAGACCUUCUUGGAAGUGCUUGCUAUCAACACCACCUAUCGAAUGGUUCUCCUCAAGUCCUCCCACGACCAGCCCCGUGACCUUGCUGUCAGUCCCAAGCUUCGCUACCUGUUCUGGACCGAUGGUGGCCAAACACCCAAGAUUGAGCGGGCCUUGCUGGAUGGCACCAAUCGCACAGUGUUGGCAUCAGCAAGCCUGGCGUCGCCUCGUGGCCUAACAGUUGAUUACACCAAUGACUUUCUCUACUGGACAGAUGAUGUUUUCGAUAUGAUCUCCCGCAUGGCCUCAGAUGGCACACAGAGGCAGAUUAUUCGGUAUGGCAACCGGUAUCCAUCUCCAAUGGGAGUGGCUAUAUUUGGGAACAAUAUGCUGUGGGUGGAUAAAAAACUUGGGAAGCUCUUCCAGGCUAGUAAAGAUCCAGGCAAUACUGACCAGCCAGAGGUAAUCCGUGAUGGUUUAAAUGGACUACUGGAUGUCGCUGUGUUUGACGCACACGUCCAGCCUACAUCUGCUCACCAGGUUGACUUCAACCCCUGCUACGAGGACAACGGGCGCUGCCAGCAACUCUGCUUUGCCAUUGUGGACCAAGUAGCUCCAAAAUGUGCUUGUGCACAUGGAUCACUUCUUAGUAAUGGCGUAACAUGUGGCUAUGGUCAAGAUGAGUUUCUAAUUUUCAGCACAGAUUACACAUUGAACAGUGUGCGGUUAGACCCAGAUGAUCACAACACGCCAUUACCAACAGUUAAUUUAGGCUACAACUUGAUGGCUUUGGAUUAUGACUUCAAGGACAAGAGAAUUUUCUUUACCCAGUACAAGGGGAUUGGUCAAAGCAGGGUUGGCUACAUCACCACAACAUCCAUCACAAGCCAACCUGUCUUCAUAGCUGCAAAUUUGGAUGACCCUGAGGGUUUGGCAUAUGAUUGGAUCCACAAGCGUCUCUACAUCACGGACUACUAUAAACGCAAUAUCCAGUCUAUGGGUGUGAAUGGACAGAACCGAUCAACUAUCAUCAAUGCAAACCGCCCCAGAGGCAUCGUCGUUGAUCCCUGCUAUGGUUACCUCUACUGGACUGACUGGGGAAGCCCUGGUAAGAUUGAGAAAGCCACACUGGGCGGAAACUUCCGAAUUGCCAUCAUCAACACCAGUCUGUCAAUGCCCAGUGGCCUGUGUCUGGACUAUGAGGAGAGGAUGCUGUAUUGGACUGAUACAGCGCUAGACAAGAUUGAGCGAGCCUCGACUACUGGUGAGAACCGACAACUCAUUUUACGUGGGACCCAGUACCCAUUUGCCAUGACUGUGUUCCAGCAAGACAUCUUCUGGACCGACUGGACUGAAAAAGGUGUCUUCAGGGCUGGGAAGGAUGAUGGCUCAGGAUUUACAGUGCUGUUUGAGGAUCUACAGUACCGACCAAAUGACAUCCAUGUCUAUGCUGAGUCCAAACAGGAAAACUGCUCCAGCCCCUGUCAACAGUUCAAUGGUGGCUGCAGUCACAUCUGUGUUCCUGGUCCAGUGGGCGCUGAGUGCCAGUGUCCUCAGCUGGGGAAGUGGUACCUCACCAACAAUGGAAAAGACUGUAUCAAAGACACUGGGAAACGCUGUACGCCAGAGCAGUUCACGUGUCUUAAUGGUAACUGCAUCUCAGCAAGUUGGAAGUGUGAUAACUACAAUGACUGCCAGGACAAUUCAGACGAGCUGGAGAGAGUUUGCGCUUUCCACACCUGUUCACCCGUGGACUUCACCUGUGACAAUGGGCGUUGUGUACCACUCAGCUUUACCUGUGACUACACAGACGACUGUGGUGACAACAGUGAUGAGCGGGGCUGCCCUUUCCCCACCUGUAACCCCUCUACUGAGUUCACCUGUGCAAACGGACGCUGCAUCAGUGCCAGUUUUGUCUGCAAUGGCCACAACGACUGCCGAGACAACACCACCUCUGAUGAAAUCAACUGCCCUGACAGGACAUGUCCUGUAGGCCAGAUCAAGUGUGAGCAUAACAACAUCUGUAUCUAUCCUGACUCUCUGUGUGAUGGCUACAACAACUGCGGAGACAACAGUGAUGAAAAUCCUCUGUUUUGCAUGAGUCGUACAUGCGCUCCCAACAAGUUCAGCUGUGAUGAAGGGAAAUGCAUCCCUGGCUACUGGGUGUGUGACGGCUUCAGAGACUGUAGUGAUGGCACUGAUGAACCUCCAUCCUGUGAGGGUCAAAUAAGGACAUGCAGCCCCAGUCAGUUUACUUGUACCAAUGGAAACUGCAUCCCACAGUGGUUGACCUGCGACGGCAACAAUGACUGCUGGGACAACAGCGAUGAGGCUCCGGAGCUACAGUGUGGCCAACGUACCUGCAGUUCCAACCAGUUUACCUGCCCAACUUGGCAACCAGGUCACCCACGCUGCAUAUCACUAAGUUUUGUAUGUGAUGGGGACAAAGACUGCGCCAAUGCAGCUGAUGAACUUUACAACUGCCCCAACCGCACCUGCCAUAUGAAUGAGUUUGCCUGUUCCAACGGUCGUUGCAUCCUGAUCCCCUUCCACUGUGACCAUGUUGACGACUGCGGAGAUGGCAGCGAUGAGUUGAACUGCGACUACGACACAUGUAGCAGCAGCCAGUUCACCUGCCACAACGGCGCAUGCAUCACCGCCUCAUACAUCUGUGAUGGAGACAACGACUGUUUGGACGGCUCAGACGAGGUGGAGAGCCUCUGUGUCUCCCCGCAGCCCACCUGUGCACCACAACAGUACAUGUGCAAGUCAGGCCAGUGCAUCGACAGCAACAAGGUGUGCAACGGGCAGAAGGACUGUCAGGACAACACCGAUGAAAAAGGCUGCGGAAUCAACGAGUGCAGGAACCCAUCAGUCCACAAAUGUGCCCAGAUAUGCACCGACACCCUCACCAGCUACUUCUGUUCCUGCUUCCACGGGUACCAGCUCAUGCCAGACGGCAAAGCCUGUGCGGACAUGGACGAAUGUCUCAGCACACCUUCUGUCUGCAGCCAGAUCUGCGAGAACUCUGUAGGCUCAUACCACUGCAAAUGUGCCCCGGGGUACAUCCGUGAACCGGACGGAAGCACCUGCAGGCAGAACAGCGGCAUUGCACCCUACCUGUUGUACAGUAAUCGCUACUACAUCCGGAAUUUGACCACAGACGGGUCACAGUUGAAUAUAGUCCUGCAGGGGCUGGACAACGUGGUGGCAUUAGAUUACGACAGCUAUGAAAACAAGCUGUAUUGGUUGGAUGUGGGCUCGGGUAAGAUUGAGAGGAUGCGAUUUGAUGGAAGUGACAGGCAGACAUUGGUGGAUGAUGGCAUGAAAGGAGUGGAGGGCCUGGCACUGGACUGGGUGGGCAGAAAGUUAUACUGGGUGGACGGUUACUAUGGUUCAGUUCACGUGAUGAUGCUGGAUGGGCGCUACCAGAAGAAGUUGCUAUACGGGGAGAUCUCUGGAGGGAACGAAACUUACGUUAUCACCAAACCUCGUGCUGUAGCCGUCAACCCUAAAUAUGGUUGGCUUUACUGGACUGACUGGGGUGACACAGCAUACAUCGGCAGGGUUGGCAUGGACGGAACCAACGCCAGUGCCAUCAUAACAGCCAAGCUGGCGUGGCCCAAUGCUCUAACAAUAGACUAUACCACCAACAAGAUCUUCUUUGCUGAUGCUCAUCUCAACUUCCUGGACUUUGCAGAUAUGGAUGGUCAGAACCGUCACCGGGCCAUUAGUGGUACCCUCCCCCACGUCUUUGCUGUUUCCCUGUUUGAGGACCUGGUCUACUGGACGGACUGGAACACUCACACUGUGGAGAAGGCCCAUAAAUACACCGGUGAACAGCGCACGGUUAUGGGCAACAACACGCAUCGUCCCUACGACAUUCAUGUCUACCACUUGUACAGACAACCUCGCAGUGAAAACCCAUGCUCCUCCCAUGACCUGACCUGCAGCCACCUCUGUCUGAUUGCUCCUGGUGGGCAGCGUACAACCUGCCAGUGCCCUGAUCACUUCAUUGGUCUCUCUGUGGGCUUUAAGAUCCAGUGUGUAGCUGACUGCUCCAGCACACAGUUCCGCUGUGGAGACAAUGAAAGGUGUAUUCCCAUAUGGUGGAAGUGUGACGGCCAGUCAGAUUGCGGUGAUGGUUCAGAUGAACCUCAGACCUGCCCACCCCGCUAUUGCCCUGUUGGACAGUUCCAGUGUCAGGAUGGAAAUUGCACCCAUCCAGGCUACAUCUGCGAUGGCUACAGAGACUGUGCUGAUGGAUCAGACGAGGAUGCUGCUCUCUGUAGUGAUCAUAGAUGUGAGCAAAACCAGUUCCAGUGCACAAACAAGAAAUGCAUCCCUGUGUCCUGGCACUGUGACGGGAUAAAGGACUGCGCUGACGGCAGCGAUGAAGACCCUGAGGGUUGUGCCCAAAAGACCUGCCAACCCGGCCAGUUCCACUGUACCAACAACCGCUGCGUGCCGUCGAGCUACGUGUGUGAUUACGAAGACGACUGUGGAGACGGAUCUGAUGAGCCGUUUGAAUUCUGUAGGGGUCCAGACCACAAAUGUGAUGAAGACACUGAGUUCUCCUGUAAAACCAACUACCGCUGUAUUCCCCAGUGGGCACGAUGUGACGGCGACAAUGACUGCCUUGACAAUAGUGACGAAGAGAAUUGCCAUGAGCUGACCUGUGAUCCUCUGGGAGACUUCCGCUGUGACAACCACCGUUGUGUUCCGAUCCGCUGGUGGUGUGACGGCAAUAAUGACUGUGGUGAUGGCUCCGAUGAGAGGAACUGCGCGCCCAGGCCUUGUUCUGAGAGUGAGUACAGAUGUGAUAAUGAACAAUGUAUCCCUGGGAGCUGGGUGUGCAACCACAACAACGACUGUGGGGACAACUCCGACGAACGAGACUGUGAAUUAUACACGUGUCGGCCAGGUAUGUUCCAGUGUGACUCGGGCCACUGUAUCCCCUCCGCUCUGCAGUGCGACGGCCGGGGUGAUUGUAAAGAUCUGUCCGACGAGACCAGUUGUCCUACCCGUUACCCAGGAGGCCGCUGGUGCCCCCAGCACCAGUUCCAGUGUGAGAACCAUCUGUGUGUGAGCCAGACCUGGGUGUGUGACGGGUUUGAUGACUGUGGAGACCGCUCUGACGAACAGCUCUCCUUAUGCUGGAACAUCAAAUGUGAGAUGCCGUCCAGGUUUCGCUGCAAAAAUGGCUUCUGUAUCUAUGCCAGUCUGAUGUGCAACCUGAAGGAUGACUGUGGAGACAAUAGUGACGAGGCGGAAGAAGUCUGCCGGGAGCCCACACAGCGCCCGUGCACACUGGAUGAGUUUAAAUGCACCAACGGGCACUGUAUAGCCCUGCCCUACGUAUGUGACCACAAUGACAACUGUGGAGACCUCAGCGAUGAAAUAGGCUGCCAAUUUGGCAAAAAUCGCAGUUGUGAGGAAAAACUGUGUGAGCAGAAUUGCAUCAACCUGAAUGUUUCUGGCUUCAUCUGCACCUGCAAUUCCGGCUACACAGUGAACCCAGACAACACCUUCUACUGUCAGGAUAUCAAUGAGUGUGAGGAAUUCGGUAUAUGCCCUCAGAUCUGCGAGAACACCAAAGGCAGCUACUACUGUGCAUGUGCCCCCGGCUACCGAAAAGUGGGCAAUGGCAACAUGUGUGAAGCUGAAGGAUCGGCUCCACUGCUGCUUCUCCCAGAGAACAUUCGUAUCCGGAGGUUCAACCUGCAGAAGAACACAUACAAUGACUUCAUCGAGGAGGAAGAGCGCAUCAUGGCCCUGGACUAUGACUGGGACUACAACAACACUGGCUACAGUAUGGUGUACUUCACUGUGGCGAGUAAAGACUCCAACCAUGGUGCCAUUAAAAGAGCUUUCUUACCUAAACUGGAUGAUGGCAGCAACAACAUCGGGUUUGCUGUUGACCUCGGCAUUCGCUACAUCACCAAACCAGAUGGCAUUGCUGUGGACUGGGUGGGCAGGAACCUGUACUGGGCAGACUCCACUUUGAAUAGGUUAGAGGUGUCUUUCCUGGAUGGACGGUACAGAAAGCAUAUCAUCAAGACCGACCUCGGCCACCCAUCUGCUGUAGCUGUCAACCCACGGCUGGGAAUGUUGUACUGGGCAGACCGUGGUGACAGUCCAAAAAUUGAGUGUUCCUGGAUGGACAGUCAACAGAGGAAAGUCCUUGUUUCAGAAAACUUGGGCUGGCCCACUGGUCUUUCAAUAGACUACACCAAUGGAGACCGACUCUACUGGUCCGACUCAAAGGAGAGCCGCAUUGAGUCUGUGCUGCCUUCAGGAAAGCAACGCAAGAUUGCCAUCCAUAUAGAUGUGCAAAACCCCUUCAGUGUGAGCGUGUUCGAGGACCAUGUUUAUUGGAGCAGUCAAGAAAAAGGCGAGGUCUUCCGGCAGGACAAAUUCGGUCGCAGUAAAAAGGUCAAGCUGCUAACUGCUGGACCCUGGCUGACUCAGGUCUCCGUGCGCCAGCACCAGAGAUACAACUCCGUCACCAUAAAGAAUCCAUGUAAGGGAACCUGCAGCCACCUGUGUUUGCUCCGACCAGGGGGUUAUACAUGUGCCUGCCCUGAGGGCACCACCUUCAUUCCUGGAAGCAGCACUGAAUGCGAUGCUGGCUUUGUCCCUCCACCCUUAAUGCCGCCAUUGUGCCAGUGUCAACAUGGAGGCACUUGCAGUUUUGAUGACAACAACAAGCCUCUCUGCAAGUGUCCUCCUGAUUGGGUGGGGGAAUACUGCCAGACAUGGGAACACAUUGUGGUUGUAACGUCAGUUGGGGUAGCCAUCGGAGUGACCAUCUUCAUUUUGCUUGUGCUGGUCGCUCUGGUCUUUGUUGCCAGGAAAAAGACCAGCGUACUGGGGAGGAUACAUUACUAUUUUCCCUCCAUGCCGUCCAUGCCAUCCAUGCCAUCCAUGCCCAAUUUACAAAGAUUCAGAAAUUAUACAUCUACGAAUGCAUACAAAACACCAGGAAGUGAAACAACUUUUCAGGUGCCUUCUAUGUCCACCCUGGAGGCAAAGGAAAAGAGUUUUGAGAACCCAGUAUAUUACACAGUAGAUAAAGCGUCUGCCUUCAGUAUGCCCACAACAGCGUCUGUUUUUCAUGGAACAGCAUGGGACAAUUCCUUUAAUACAGAUUCGGCUGAAGCCAUGAAUGACCCCAUAAGUAAUCCAACCAGUGCUGAGACCGUCAAGGAGGCUUUUGAGAACCCGCUGUACAGCUCCGAUACAGAAGAUGCUGCCGUCACUUCUGCACAAGCAACUGCUCCGCCCACACAGUUUAAUCCAUUUGAGCAUGAGCAUCCCAUCGGCUUCAGAAACCCCACAUACCCUGGGCUCACACUUUCUUCACCUCAAGAUUCUGACAUCUAAUAAGAUGCUUCCAUCAGGACUUGAACUGGACCAUGUUUCGGAAAUCAAAUCUCAUUCAUUUUCCUUGUUAGAGUAUGAAUAUCAACUAAAGUUGACAACAAAUACAUUA